AUGUUUAGACAAUCUUUCCGUCAAGUUGCCAAACAAUCCAUAUCGGCUGUCAGAAGAACUUAUGCUACAGAAGCUGCACCAUCAUCCGAUGCAUUGAAGUUGUCAUUGGCUUUACCAUUUCAAACUUUGUACGCUGAUUCAGAAGUUGAACAAGUGAACUUGCCAUCAGUCAAUGGUGAUUUGGGUAUAUUGGCUAACCACAUUCCAAUUGUAGAACAAUUGAGACCAGGUUUGUUGGAGAUUAUUUCCAAAGGUGGUGAAACUGAACAAUAUUUUGUUAGUGGAGGUAUUGCUAUGGUACAACCAGGAAAUAAGUUGACUAUAAGUGCAAUUGAAGCUUUCAAACCAGAUCAAAUUGAUGCUUCUGCUGUCAAAAACUUGAUUGCUGAUGCGCAAAAGAGGGCUGAAUCAGGUGAUGAGACUGUUGCUGCUGAAGCAAACAUUGAGUUGGAGGUCUUGGAAGCUUUGCAACAUGUUGCUAAAUAA